CUGUGGCCAAGGUGAAUGCCGGCACACUGUGGAAGCGCACGGCCCCGCUCCGGCCCCCGCUGGUGCUCACAUAGGCCUGGACCGGCCCGCAGGGGCAGUGGAUCCUCACGGGGGUGUCGGGGCCCCCAGGGGCCCUCGGUACUAUCCCAUAAUCCACAGCGAAGCGGCCGAGGGCGAUGACGGCGUGGCCGCACAUGGUGCUGUAGCCCUCGGUGUGGAUGAAGACCGCCCCCAGGUGGGCCCCGGGCUCCUCGCUCGGUACCAGCAGCACGCCGUACAUGUCGCGGUGUCCCCGGGGCUCCAGGAGGAGCAGCCGCCGCAGCCAGUCCGCCUUGUCCCGCAGCCAGCGCCGCCUCUCCAGCAGGCUGCCGCCCUCCGGCACCGGGGCCCCGCUCAGCACGAUCCGCACCGGCUCGCCCCCCGUGUGCAUGUCCACCACCGACAGCACCGGCCCAUCGUGCGGCGGCAGCUUCACCGCCGACAUCCCUGGAUACCGGGAGCACGGCAACGGGCGCAGGCUGACUACGUCAUCAGCGGGAGGCCGCGGCCGCCAUGUUUGUUGGUGGCAGGCCCGGUAUUAGGCGGGUUACAGGCUGUGAGUACGGUGUGUGUGACUGUGUGUAACGCGGAUAUGGAAUACUGUGACCAAAACUGACAGGAAUUCCAUGGCUAAUGGGAGGGACAGUGCGAUGGCUUGCCCACAAUAAAGAUGGCCGCCGCGGCUCUCGCCAUUACCUUCCUGGACUGAGAUCUCGCGAGACAACGAGACCCGGAAGUGGAGGUUAUGUCAGCAGCAGAGACACAGUGUGAGCUUCUCAGGGAACCCAGAGAGGAGCCCAAUGGGUGAGUGACAUAGCAACACAGGGCAAUCACCAUGGAAACCAUAGAACCAACAGCCCCCCACUAUCAAUCACCAUGGAAACCAACAGCCCCCCCCAGUAUCAGUAGUCACCAUGGAAACCAGCAGCCCCUGUAUCAAUCACCAUGGAAACCAUGAAAUUAACAGCCCCCCUGUAUCAAUCACCAUGGAAACCAUAGAACCAACAGCCCCCCUGUAUCAAUCACCAUGGAAACCAUAGAACCAACAGCCCCCCUGUAUCAAACACCAUGGAAACCAUAGAACCAACAGCCCCCCUGUAUCAAUCACCAUGGAAACCAUGAAAUUAACAGGCUCAAACUUCAUAAUCUCAGCCAAUCCAAAGCUUUCCCAUAUUUAUAUUUAAAAUAAAUGCGUCAGCUGACACUUUUAGGCUAUUGAGUGGACAAUAGUGAGUUUAUGUUCUUGCUUUUGCUAAUGUUGCUAUCUUGUUGUUUUCUUCAGCUGUGGAUAUACAAAGAACAUGCUUUGGCCUUUAUUGUGGGAAACCAAUUGUGGCAAUCAAUGGAACAACUGAAAUCUAUGGAGAUUGUGGGGUAAAUUCUUCUGACAGUUUUCUUGCCUGCCUUUGAUUAGAAAUAUAAGGAGAAAAAUAGACGGAACACAGGUUUUCAACAUGAGCCUAUGGGAAUGCCAGCUGACGGUUUGGCAAAGAGGAAUGAAUGUUUGUCUCCUAAAGAUUUAUAAUCCUUCAAGAAGUUUGUAUGUGCAGUCCUGUAGAUGUGCUGUUAAUUUGAAGUAUGUUUUUGUUUAUUCAUUUGCAUUUUCAAGUUUAUACGUGUGUUAUAAAUAAAUUAGAUUAGCGUUGGCAUGCAAUCCCUGGGCAGAAAUUGAGGUUUGUUCUUAUGAUUUUUUUUUAAGGUUUGCCCAAGAGGUCAGAGGACGAAUAUCACAACUAAAAUCUGUCAGAAAUGCAUGGAGUCCCCUGAGCUGUAUGACUGGCUGUACCUUGGGUUCAUGGCCAUGCUGCCAUUAAUAUUACAUUGGUUCUUUAUAGAAUGGUAUUCUGGUAAAAAGAGGUAUGUAGUACUUUUUACUUUUAAAUAUAGAUUUCAUAUUAUUAUUAUUAUUAUUAUUGUUUUUUUGUUACCUGUAUAAAGCAUGUUAUUAACCCCUUAAGGACACAACUUCUGGAAUAAAAGGGAAUCAUGACGGAAUAUUUCCGUCAUGUGUCCUUAAGGGGUUAAAGUGCUCUAAUCAGAGGCUUCCUCAGUUGCCUGAGGAGGCAACUGAGGAAGCCUCUGAUUAGAGCACUUUAAUUCACCAAAUUUUGGGAGGAUAUCAAAUCUUUGAGCAUUACAAGCAAUAAAAAGAAGGAAGUGGGUCCCUCUAGUACCCACAGAGCCCCUCCCCUUGAGCCUUCAUAUUGGCUCCAUGUUUAACAAACUCUUAUAAGGACCAAUUUAUUAUUAUCGCUAUUGGAAGAACCCCCCUUCCAUAAGGAUCAGUUCGCUACAGCAACUUUUGGCGAUUUUAUGUUGUGCAUAUACUCCACCUUAUACCGUAUGUAUUAGUCUAUGUUUGUGUGGGGAUAAAGGGAAAACCCACAAUAAGGUGUUUUAGAGUAUUUGUCACUUUAUGUUAAGUGUCACUCAUUGGGAUAUUGUUCUACCAGUCAUAACAGUAGCCACCUAGCCUGUUUAACUUCUUCACUAUACACACGGUUAUGCCUACUCACACGUCUCUCAUGAUCCUUAAACCUUCUAAAAAUGUGCAGUCAUCUUAAUGUCAUGCCUGUGGUUAACCAUGUUCUUAUUUCGGCUUACUAGUGCUGUCGUGACACUGUAAGCUUGUCUGUUAUAAUGUGCACAAUAAAAUAAAGAAUUAAAAAAAAAAAAAUGGAGGUUAUCUCACAUGGGAGGAUGGAAGCCAAAAUAUCAACAACAGUUAAAACUGUGGGGGUAGGAGAGAGGGGACCGGGAAAGGUGCUAGAACCCAACUGUAGGAGGUUUCAAUAACCCAAGGAGGAUUUGGGGAUAAGAAUUGGGAAGCGAAACAUGUUGUAAAUUAAACAGGAAAGGUGGAGUUGGUUUAAAUAGAAUUGUGGUGUUUGCAAAGAGGUACACUGAGAGAUCAUUGGUAAGACAACAAUUGGUCCAGAGUGUCUGAAAGUGGGACACAGAGGAGCCAGAAAAUGAUACUGAAUGUGGUAGAAAUGGAUCUGAAUGGGAAUCGAGGGAUCUGUAGGUGCCUGAUGUGGACAAAUAUGAAGCUGUAGAAGUGCCUCACUUUUGGAAGUACAGAUCUGAUUCUUUUAACUAGUACCUUGAAGUCACUUUACUGUGAGUGUAUCACUGAGCAACCUUGGAGCUGCACAUGAUCGUUUCCCAACCAUUUCUGCAAGUACAAUGUUUAAUCUGUUCUGUAUACACGGUCAUUUUUCAGUAGAGCAAUGUGUACAUUCACCCUUCCUUUAUUUUGAGUGUCCAAUCUAUUCUAAUACUUUGUCUGAAGUAUUAUAACACACUAAUUAUCAAAACGUUUGCAGAAUUCCCAGACAAGUAAUGGUGGAAAGUCUUGUUGUUUCUGUGUAUAUUACCAAUCUCCACCAUAAAAGUUUCAUUAAACAUUACAGGUUAUAACAAGUUUUGUGUUCUGUCAGUGAUUAGAAUGAGCAAAUAGUUCUAUCUAUACUGAAUCUGAACAGUACGCUAAGCAUAUAUUUAUUUUAUUAUAGUUCCAGUGCCCUUUUCCAGCAUAUCACGGCCUUGUUGGAAUGUACCGCAGCUGCCCUGAUUACGUUACUUGUGAAUGAACCCGUUGGGUAUCUCUACAUUCGGUCCUGUCGGGUCCAGAUGCUUUCAGAUUGGUACACGAUGCUUUACAAUCCCAGCCCUGAUUACGUGAACACUAUUCACUGCACGCAAGAAGCUGUCUAUCCCCUGUAAGCUUUUAUUUGAAUGCACACUUUUGUGAAAGUAACUAAAUUUGUAUUUUGUUUUGUUAUAGAAGUAUAGUUUAUCCAUGCGUGUGGUUAGUUGGGGGAGUUACGUGUUUUAAAACAUGCCAUUUUAUUCAGGAAGUCUCCAGGUUUUCGUGUAAAGCCACGCUGUGCUGGUUCAUGUCUUUCAUUCAUUUCUACCUGCAGCAAAAAAACUAACAUUUUUACAUAUGAUCAGCAGAGGGGUCAAAUGAUUCCAUAUAAAAAUUGGAAUAUCCCAUUGCAGUAGCAGAGACUGUUACGUGCCAUUACGUGCCAGCAGACAGUGACUAAGCUUCCCUGAGCCACUUUCUGAUCUGAUCUAAUCUUGCUGCUAAUGCUGGAAAGUCUCCAAGCUAGCAGCAAAUGCAGGAACUUCGAAUGGGAUUACGUUUUUUUUUUUAUCUGCCUAUUUUAAGCACAUUAUCUCUAUUAUGCAUUCAAAAUGGGGGUGAUCUCCAGCCUUGACUGACCCCCUAUAUUUGUGUAUAUUUGAUAGUGAUACAUCUCAAAAUUCUGAUAUAAAUUGGCCAAUAAAACAGCAUUUCCCUUUUUAUCAUAACUUUUUAUAUAUUUUACUUUUGUCUCCCACAGAUACACUAUUGUGUUUAUUUACUAUGCAUUUUGCUUGGUGCUGAUGAUGCUUUUGAGACCUCUUUUGAUAAAGAAGAUUGCCUGUGGACUGGGGAAAUCUGAUCGGUUUAAAAGCAUCUAUGCUGCGCUUUACUUUUUUCCCAUCUUAACUGUGAUACAGGCAGUAGGAGGCGGCCUGUUGUGUAAGUCACUGUACAUGUUUCUGAGAUAUAUUAGAAUAUUUUUUUAGUCUGUAUCAUAUAUUACCAUAUUUGUUUUCUGACCUGUGUGGAUGUUAUCUACCAAUUGAGAUUAAUUUUAAUUACCUUCAGACUUUCAUUAAUGUUACGUAUUUGGUUCCAAAUCUCAUUCCUAAACAUAGUACCUCCAGCUAGAUCUACAUCGUUGCAACAUCCACCGAUCUGUACCACCGCUCCUGAGUGAAUGUUAGGAUCCAACGAUUCUGGAAAAAAGUCACGAUUACCUCAAUUCUUCACUCUAAUUUAACUUUUACCAGCUUAGUUAAAAUCAAAUUUAAAAUUCACUCAAACACAGCAGUCCAGUGGUCCCACACUCCAAUUCAAAUUGCUCCAUGUCAGUGUCUUAUGAAUAAAAAAAUAAAUGUAUUUUCUAGAAUUGGAGGGUGUUUAUUAAUUCAUUAGGCUGUGUAUUACAUAGUUACAUAGGCGGAAAAGAGCCAUGUGUCCAUCAAGUAUUAUGUAGGACAUUUCUUGAAACAUUUACUCACUGGUACUCAGCACAAGUGGUGGCGGCUCAUCAACCGGUCAGUCUAUGAUAAAUAACCCUUCUAUAGACUUGUCUACCUGCAGGCUGAUGUUCAAUAUCACAGACUUUAUCGGCGGAUUUGGACAGAGGACAAUGAGGGUGGGCAUCAUGAUACUCUAUUGUUCCAUUUAUCUUGUAUGUUUGUGAGAUUUAUGUAAGAGGCUAUGGCCAAUUAUGAACGGGGAUCUGAUAAUUAUCAAAUUACACGGCUUCUCUGCCUUAAUUGAACGCUGUUAGGUUGUGUUUUGUCAAUGAAUAUUGUUUGUCUUUGAUGUAAUUUUUCUUUUGUACAUUUUUUUUAUUUUUUUUUUAGACUAUGCCUUUCCGUACAUCAUUCUCGUAUUAUCUUUAAUAACUUUGGCUAUUUAUAUGUCUGCAUCAGAGAUUGAGGUAAGACCAAAUGUUCCUUUCACUGUCCUCCUAAUGCUAUAUUUACUGUUACAGUAACAUAAACCUGUUAUGGAAAUAAUCACUUACAUGAAAUCGCUCCCAUAUACUCUGAAUACACCAUAUAUCAGAAAGAAACAUGGUGUAUCCAAUGUAAAAUACAUUCUUUCACUCCCUUUUCCUGCAUUCCAGUCCACUUUGAUUGUUACUGUUUAACACCCUCCGCUCUGACUGCACGGACCCAAGCAGGACAAAUCUCCUCAGUGAUGUAGACAUGCUGGCUUCGUUGCUCAUGUCGGAACAUAGAGACGUCACGCCUUUCCUAUACUCCAUAGCCGACACUAAAAUCACCAAUUAGGGAGUUUCCAUAACAACCACAGCGCAUGCGUUGUGGUUCCUAUGGGUGCAAAGCAGAGGUCUUUUCUGCUCUCCUUUGUCAGUCAAUGCCGAAUGGAGAAAAACUAUUUUUAAAAACUGCUUGCACAAUGUAGAAAUAAAUCUUAUGCGCAAUCUAAUAAACAUAAGUUGUUUGAAGCUUGACAGGUUCCCUUUAAGGGACAUUGUAAGCACCAUAGCCAUGUAAUAUUGUUGGUGCUAAGAUACUAUCCUUUCUUUCAUUAAACUGACUAAACAGGACUUGGAGACAUGUUUUUAGCUUCAAUCAAAAUAUCAGGAAUGUAAAAUACCCUAUCAAAUUGUAUUAAGUGUCAGUGAUCACUAAAAUCUUUACAUAAAUCCAUAGUAAACAGUAACCUCCACAUAUUUCAUUACUUUGAUCUGACCAAGCUAUAGUGGGUGUAGAUCUAAUUGGCACUUUGGUGUGGUAUUACAUCGUAUUUUUUAAACCUCUCUGACAAUCAGAAUCUGUGAUUAGCUCAAUAGCUCCCAAUGUUCUCCUAUGCAGGAAAGACUAAAAGGUUUUUAGGACUUUAUGAUGUGCUCUUAUAAAAACAAGGUGAAAGUAAUAGAAUACACCAACCAUUCUGAUGAUGUAGGGGGCUUUUUUAUAAAAGCGAGAAGGUUUCUCCAACCAGCGAGCAGCACUGGUAUAACAGUAGAAGUACAUUGAUACAUCACUGAUCAAUGUACUUCUACUGUUAUACCAUUUUACUGUUUUUGUUUUUUUCAUUAGGUGGAAUUGUGUGAUUAUUCCAUGGGUGAUGUUUUAUUUCACACACUAUAAAUAUAUUAUCACUUUAUGAUUGCUAUUCUGUUACUGCAAGAAAUUAGCUGGUUCUGAGGUAGAUGCACACUAGCAGCUAUAGGAGAAAGUAUAGAAUCACCAGAAAAGAGUAUUAGUCCUAUCUGAUAGGUAGGAAGGUUAUAUAAUGGUCUCACAAAGAGGCAUGUAACUUCUCAAAUCCCAGUAGAUUAACCCACACCUAAGGUUAAAAAAUACUAAAAUGAAUAUAAAUAGCAAAGAGAAAAAAAUUCUUAAUAUAUCGGAUAAAGUUAUUCUCUAUGUGUAUAACAUUGUUGCAUAUCAUUUCAAUGUGUCACUAGAUUAACUUAUUUGCUCCUACUGGUUAGUUUUCCCUGCUUUUACAAUAGAAGGGAUUUCAGCCUUAUUCAAAUAGGAGCAUACAGCCUAAUGGACUCAAUAGACCUAUUUUGAAGCAUUCGGCUAGUUUUUACGUCCUAUAUAUAUUAAGGACUUUUUUAUUCUUUUUUUCUUUUAUUAUUCUUUAUUCAUAGAGACUAUCUUUAUAAAUCAAAGUGGUUUAAACGUCUUUCUGUUAAUAUUACUGUCAUUAUUUUAAACAUUGUAUAACGUUGUUUAGCGAAUUUACCCCUUCUGCAAUUUUUAUUAUUAAUUUUAUAUUUCACAUAAUUAAGUGAUGAUAUAUCCCCUUUAGAACGAUUAGUGGCAAUAACUAUCUCCUGGUACCAGCAAUUUGAUUUUUUUUCUCUUUGCUAUUUAUAUUCAUAGGAGAAAGUAUGAAUCAAAUAGACCCCCUGUGUAUGGUGGUGUGUGGUUUUCUAAAUUGGUCACACCAAGCACCAUUUACUACAAUCAUUACAGCGCUUGUAGUGCACAGGGUUCCCGGGCUUCAUAGCCCUUGUUUGUGUUAAACGGUUUACUGUUUUAAAAUAAAUACAAAAACCUGGAAGCUUUGAAAACUUCUAGUCAUGUACAUGCUAAUAUUCUUUUAUUUUUAAGUCUUUUAAGGAUCUCCUUGUGAAAAAGAAGCGUCUGGUUGUUCUUCUCAGUCACUGGCUAAUUCACGCCUAUGGCAUCAUCUCGAUUUCAAAGGUGGAGAAACUGGAACGGGACCUGCCCCUUCUUGCUUUGAUCCCAGGCCCUACACUCUUUUAUCUGCUUACUGCCAAAUUUACAGACCCUACAAGGAUACACCUGGAGGAGGGCAGCGGCCAUUAGCUCAUUAGCUGAGCAGCUUCUACAGGGACCCAGUAAGCUGUGACGGCAGCAGGACACAUUUUGUUUUUUUGCCAUAAUUUUUUUGCAAUAAUCUGAUAAGGCAGAUCUUUGCAUUGUUUGCUUUUGGAUGAUACAAUAGCAGCAGCAGAUUUGUUGCAGUCAUUCCAUCUUUAGUUCUACACAGGUAUUUUCUCCUUUUGUCAGAGGCUGGACUGAUGUAAUAUGUAGCGUUCUCAGGUAAGCAAGCCUAAGGCAGUAUUACAGAACACGUAGGACCAUGUACUGUGUAUGUAAUGUGCAGCUUGUGUUCUGUUAGGCCUUCUGAGAUGCAGGUUUACAUUGACAGGGUUAUUUAUUUAAGAUAAUUGUCAGGAAUUCAAAGCGAGUUUCAAAUGUAAAGCCAAAAUAGCAGAACUGGAAAAAUUCUGCUAAAUUAUUCCAGUUUGUCUGUUUUGCCAAAAUGUUAAAUUCACUUCGAAUUGCUGACAUUCCUCACCCGACAAAGUGAUAAAAGUAGUAAAAUACAACCCAUUGCUGCAUGUAAAAUCAUGAAUCCAUGUGGCUAAUCUUACACGUGAUUGGUGAAUGUUAGUGAAAGUAGUUUUUUUUUUUAACGUUACUAUUUAUUUGAAGAAUAUUUUUUAUUCAAUAUAAAGGAGGAAAGAAAAACAUAUAUAUUUCUAUUAGAAAGUCACUGUUGUAAAUUUGCUGUUUCCAUGAAAAAUAAAGCAAUUAACAAACAAAAUAUAUAUAGAAAUCUUUCAUCUGUUUCUGUUCAAUGCAAUGUAGCUUUCGGCUUUUACUGA